AUGGCAGUGACCCACGACGAGGUGGAGAUGGAGGACUUCCAGUAUGACGAGGACUCGGAGACGCAUUUCUACCCCUGCCCGUGUGGUGACAUCUUCCCCAUCACCAAGGAAGAUCAGUUUAUGCGUGGAGAAACAGUUGCUGCCCCUUCAGCCAGCAAAGAAUUAGUUAAAUGUUAG